UUCAGUAGCGGUGUGUGCGUAAUUUACAUCGGAAUAAUGACCCUGACGAACUUCCUCAGACACCCGACCGACACGAGCGAGGCGCAGAGUAUGAACAGCUAGGAGAGCGUUUAUUUCUUUUUAAUAUUGACGUCGGUGACGUAACAGGAAGAGGCGGAGCCUGCAGCUGGACAGCAGGGAAGGGAAGAUGACAGCGCGUCAGUGACGCAUGGCUCCGCGCGCUGUAAGAUGCUCAUCACGCUGUGCUACAUCUAUCUGUGGCUGCGCUUCCAGAGAUACUACACCGCCGCGAUCCGCAGCGCGUUACACCGCCUCAGCGGCGGCCAGAGCAGCUUCACCUUCUGCGCGCUGAGAGUCGCUCCGCGCCGCGACGACGCGCUCUUCCUCAGGCGCGGAGACCGAGUCCUGUACAUCACCGAGCCGCAGGUGACGCGCCAGCUCUCCGCGUGCGAGGACCUCAGUAAGUGGACUCUGUUGGGCUCUUCGCUGGUUUGUGGUCAGCGGCUGGAAAACAUUGCCUUCAUCAUAGAGGCCACAUCAAGACAGAAAGUUCCCGUGUCUCCACACAGAACCAAUGAGAAAGGACUGAACUGGUCUGAUUACUGUCUGCCGCUGGCGUACCGUCCAGGCCAGCCGUACCGGGCCGUCGCCGAAGCCAGCCUGGAGAACUUCAGCCGCCUCGGCGUGGCGUUUAUGGAAGAUCGUCUGCAUAUGGACAAUGGGCUCAUUCCUGAGAAGAUAGUCUCCGUGUUACUCAGAGAGACGGCGCUCGAGGAGCUGUUUGAACAGGACAGCAGGAGGAGGAUCGAAGCCAAGCGUCCCAGCGAGCCGACGGAGCAGCCAGACUCUCCACAGCUUCAUCAGCAGGAGCCGGAGCUCCCGUCCGAACACCGGCACAUGGACGGACGCCACCUGCACCUCUCCAGCUGCCACGAGUGUCUGGAGCUGGAGAACAGCACCAUCCUGUCGGUCAAGUUCGCCUCUGCAGAGAACAUCCCGGAUCUGCCCGACGACUACGCCGCCGGCACUGAUGAAGAGGAGGAGGAGCGCCGGAGGAGGAGCGGCAGCGGCAAGCCGCCCAACCUGCUGGUGUUCACGGGCGGCUGCGAGCAGCGCUUCCAGGAGAUCCGCUCGCUCCUGGAGGAGUGCGUGGACACGGAGAGCUACGCCGUCUACCACCUGCGUCCGCAGCAGGCACUGAGCGAUCCCUGGCUGGAGAACACGCUGCUGCUGGUGCUGGCCACUGAUGAGACGCUGGCUCCGGCUCUGCAGCUGCGCUUCCUGAGCUACCUGAGCCGCGGCGGGAGGCUGCUGGGCCUGUCCUGCUCGCUGUGCCCCGCCGGACUCUCGCUGCGCCCCGCAGACGCCCAGAGCGACCGCAUCUGCACCCUCAGCUUCACCAAGGCGGACAGCAGCGAGCUGCGGCUGAGCGUGUUGUCCAGCGGGAGCGUGUACGAGCGGGACGGCGCCGGCGGAGGUCAGGUGGAGCUCUGGGGUCAGACCGGAGCGCAGGAGAUGGCCAUCGUGCGCGUGACUCACGGAGAGGACAGCGGAGAGGCCGUCCUGUGUCAGGUGCGUUUGGAGACGGCUCCGGACGCUCAAGGCUCCGCCGGCUUCUCGGAGCUGAAGAUGAGUAACGCCCAGCGCUACGAGGUUCUGACGGAGAUCCUGACGUCUCUGGGUCUGAGCUGCGAGCUGAGACGGGUGCCUGCACACAGCCCUAUCUACCUGCUCGGCACACACACGGAGCAGACGGGCUGGUUUCUGCGCUGGCUGCGGGCUCAGGCGGAGGGCUCGGGUGGAGUUGUGCGGUGCGCGGCUGGAGUGCUGAGGGUGGUGUGGGCUGGAGACGAGGCUCCGGAUCUGUGUGAGGGUGAGCUGGCGUUACACACCGAGCCGCCCCAGAGCUUCUCGGAGCACUUCUGCCUGCAGACGUACAAACAGCACCUGCAGACGCAGCGGCUCGGCCGGACCGUGCUGUACGCAGACGUCACCUGCAGCACCAUGAGCCUGCUGGGCGGGUUGAUGCCGCCGCAGGACACGGGGUUAAUCGCCAUAGCGGCGCGUCAGACGCAGGGCAAAGGCCGCGGGGGGAACGCCUGGUUGAGUCCGCUGGGAUGCGCCAUGUUCACUCUCCACCUGCAGCUUCCUGUGAACUCACCGCUCGGACAGAGAAUCCCCUUCCUGCAGCACCUCGCCGCCCUCGCCGUGGUGCAGUCUGUCAGAACACUGCCCGGAUAUGAGGAUGUGGACCUGCGGCUGAAGUGGCCCAAUGACAUCUACUACAGUAACCUGAUGAAGCUCGGCGGGGUUCUGGUCAACUCCAGCGUCACGGGUCAAACCUUCAGUCUUCUGAUCGGCUGCGGCUUCAACGUGAGCAACAGCAACCCGACCGUCUGCAUUAACGACCUGCUGCGGCAGCAGAAGCUGGAUCCGCUCGCUCCGGCGCAGCUCAUCGCGCGCUCCGUCACGCUUCUGGAGCGCUACGUGUCUGAGUUCCAGCUGCGCGGCACGCAGACGCUGCUGCCGCUCUACUACAGCAGAUGGGUGCACAGCGGCACACAUGUGCGUCUGUGGAGCGAGGACGGACCCGAGGCCGAGGUGCUGGGUCUGGAUGAGAAUGGCUUUCUGCAGGUGCGUGCCGGAGAUCAGAGCGUCGUGUCUGUGCAACCGGACGGAAACUCCUUCGACAUGCUGAGGAACCUGGUGGUGACCAAAACCAGCUGAGCUUCAUGUUCACAUCUCCUCAGCAGACAACAUCACACAACAGCUGAUUAGCCAUCACUUAAUCACUUAAUACCACAUCAUUUAGCAGAAAUGCCUUUCUCGUUCAGAACUGUGUUAACUCGUUUCUGCUGAUGUUCAGGGCAAACUGACUCGUUCUGCUUCUGCUGCAUGAUGCUUUUCAGAGUCGGCCAGAACAAUGUGAAUCUUGAGAAGUGGGUGUGAUAUUUCUGUAGAAUUGAAUCUCUCAUGUUAAUGAGGUAAAUAGCCCAUUUUGAUUUCACACUGACUGAAGUGUGUGCAGACAGACAGCUGGGGUGUUAACGGGCUUUAAUAGGAGCAAUAGAAGUCUCAUUCAGUGUUUGGUGUAAUGGAUCACAGCGUAAUUACUCAGUAAAACACACGCUCGUAUAUCUGAAAAAUAUUCAUUUGAAAUCAUUAUGUAGAAGGUUUGCAAUUCUUCCCAUUAAAGUUUCCCAUCUCAGGAACACACACUGGUUUUACAGUAAAGGCUGUUGGCCUUUUCUCAUGGAGUGAGUGAGUUUAGAGCGGUAAUUAGUGAUCUGUAGUGGAUUACUAUCCGUUUACCCAACACUGGCCUCAUUCUCUGAACUGAAACGCUACUGACGCUCGUUACAACUUGUGGUUUUGUCUGUAAUUCUAGUUUGGUUGCACGAUUGAUUUUGAGGUGAUUUUGUAUAUUCGUAUCAAAUCAGUAUCACUAAAUAUUUUGUAAUGAUUCGUGGUUUAACAGAUAAAGAUGACAUUCCAGAGUUGUAGAAAAUGAAAUGAAAUAAAACGAUUGUGACUGA